UCGGGAAAACACGCACAAACCUCCUCCCGCUCGCCCAGAACCAAGGCCUUUAUCUCUUUUCUCCCGUGACACGCGCACAAGGAAGAUGUUGGCGUGCGACUACACGAACGCGCUGAUCGCCAUCGUGAUGAUCAUGCCCUUCGUGUAUGAAUUCAGCCACCGCUUUCGGCUGUACCUGAAGUUCUUCCUGUUCUACGCCAGUGUGAUGCUGUGCUCCGUGCUGUGCGUCCCCUUCAUCGUGUGGCGGCCCGGCGACGUCAGGAACACCCUGAUAGCAACACUUCCCCUUCAGUUGUUGAAUCCACUGCUCGGUUUACACUGGGAGGUGAAAGGACAAGAGCACAUCACGGUGGAUCGCGCUGCCAUUGUCGUGGCCAAUCAUCAGAGCUCCCUGGACUUUUUAGGCAUGGUGUACAUGUGGCCGAUGUUUGAGAAGAUCACAGCUAUUGCUAAGAAGGAGCUGUUCUAUGCCAUGCCAUUUGGUAUGACAGCCUGGCUCUGUGGUACUCGGUUCAUUGACCGCAGGAACCCAGAGAGGGCAAAGAUGUCGAUGAACAAAGCCCUUGAAUAUGUUACAGAAGAGAAGGUCAAGUUAUGGGUCUUUCCUGAGGGUACAAGGAGCAUGGCAGAUGAGAUGCUGCCAUUCAAAAAGGGCGCAUUCCACCUUGCCAUCGAGGGGCAGCUGCCUGUCCUUCCUGUUGUUUAUUCAUCCUACAGAGGUUUUCUCAAUCAUCCGUUCAAGAUUUUCAACCCAGGUCACAUUAUAGUAACUUGCCUGCCGCCAAUCUCGACAGCAGGCAUGACUAAAGAGGAUAUGCCACAUCUCAUGGAGGAAGUCCGAGCCCAGAUGAUGGAAGUGUAUACCAAAACUUCAUCUCAGGUGCACCACCCAUGGCCCUUGACAGAGGCAGUUAAGAAGAAUAGUUAAACUAAGAAGGUAGAGCUUAGGUAGCAGCACCCUCACAUUCUCCUCACUAGAGCCAUCCUCUCAGCAGCGCAUGUACACCUCUAACCGACCCUGCGACGGUGGCUGUGCUUUGUUCUAGUGAAUGUUCUUUUACCCGGAAUAUCUAUCCGCCAAAACCCGUGUCGUUAUCAAGAGACUUUGAUGGCCACAUAUGUAGCUGGGACAACCUUGGAAUGGCUUUGGUAUUUUAAAAAAGCUGGUUCUAUAUCUGCUUUCAAUAUCAACUAUAUAUACAUAUAUAGGUAUUUCAACCAAAGUUACUACAAUGGCCGUGUUCUCUUCAACUUCUUGAGUUUUGUUAUUUUUUUAUUUUAUUUUUCAUUGAUAGUAAGUAAGUUAAGGAUAAUAUACAUUUCACAGAGACCAACUUCAGAUAACCAUUUGAUAGCUACAAACAGUACUGCUAUAGUAGAAACAUAUACCGGUAUCAGUAUAUCCCUAUGAUUGUGAAUACUGUAAAUCAAAUACGUAGUGGAGUUAGUGUACUAUGUACAUUGUACAAAAGCUGACAGAUACGUCAGAAAGAAAAUGCUUGCCAAAUCCACAAACUUCUUACAAUGAGUUAAAACCGAAUUAUUGUUCUGUUGCAUCGGCCUUAAAUAAGGCAAUGUAUGUGUUUGCCCGAAUAUCAGUGAAAGAAAUACUUAAAUUAGUUAUAGCUAUAUAGGAUGUUUAUUGCUUCUCAGUGUUUGAAAUAUGUGUGUGUGUGUGUGUGUGUGUGUAUGGGUGCAUGCGUGCGUGCGUGUGUGUGUGCGUGUGCGUGUGUGUGUGUGUCUGUGUGCAAUUGGGCAUGUGUGUGUGUGCACGUGCGCAUGUUUGUGUGUGUGUCUGUGUUUUACACACACGGAUAUAUGUGAAUGCAUUCAUACAUAUAUACAUACAUACAUAUAUAAGUAAUUGUAUAUGCAAAUGUGCACAUACAAAAUGAACACUGAUGUGUACACCCACACACGUAUAUAUAUACCAAAAUAAGAAAGAAAGUACAUACAUAAAAUGAAAUAUUGCCCCAAUAAGAUUGUAAUAGAGUAUGAUACUUUAAGCUUGUCUGGAGCUCCUCUUCAGACAUGAUACUCAGUGUUGGUUUUUACUAUGUCUGAAGAGGAGUGUUAGAUAGUCUUAAAAUGUCAUAUAUUAUUCCAUUCCAGUAGUGACUAUUUCAUCUCAUGUGUAUGUGUUACAUUAUUUUGUUCACAUACACAUAAACAGAUCUACAUUUCUAUCUAUACACCCAUACUUACAUAUAUACUGUAUAGCUCUGAAUGACAUGCAGAUAUUCUCUACAUUUGUAUGCACUGUAUGUAUGUAUAUAUUAGUCCAUCCAAAUGAUAAAUUAUAUUAAUUUUAUGUUACACACAGGCAGUUCACAAGAGGAUGUUUGAUGAUUUUUUAUGCUCUUCUGCUGCCAGGCUAACAGUAUAUACUCUACUUCUCUCACUCUCUAUCACUCUCGGUUUGAAAAGAUUUCUUGCACAGAUAAAUCCUAAGGAACCUGAGAUUUUUUAGGUCUUUGUGUCAUUUUUGCCCCUUUUUCUUCUUCACGAAUUCAAAAAGGUUUUCGCACAGAUAUAUCCCUAUGACCUUAAAAUUUUAUAGUUUAAAAGCUAUUGCUAAGUGACUGUUAAGUUAUGAUCCUAUUGGACAGAAACUCCUGUGCAUAUGUACAUAUUUCCUCAUCUCUUUCAUUAUUAUCCUGUAUUAAGUCCCAUCUCUAGGGGUGCAGAUGGAGUAACCCUUUUGAUUCUGGUUGGUUCUCUGCCUGGUCCUUAUUAGCCAAGAUCAGGAGAGUUCUUCAGCCCUUAUCUGCUCUAUCUAAGAAUGCCAAGCCUUUGAAAGUUUCCCAAAAUCUCUAGCAAGGGAUAUUUAGAAUAGGCACAUGUAUUAUGAUUUGGUACUGGUGUGCAGAUUUGGAGUGAUGUGAAGGGUUUUUAUUUAUGAACCAUAUAUUGGGGUGAUGACUAUAGAUUUAUAUAUUUUAUUGUUUCUUUCUUUUAUGAUUUGAACAUUUUAAACUUGCUAGCAUUCCAUCAGUACCUCGUCUCAAAUCAUGGUUCAAGAUUUUUUUUAUUGUAUUUAUUAUUAUUAUUAUUAUUAUUAUUAUUAUUAUUAUUAUUAUUAUAUUUUUUUUAUUGUAGUAGUGGCAUAUCUCACUCUUCCCCGCCUACCCCCUUCACACACAAUAAUAUUUCUCUCUAUGACUUUCAUGAAAUAUGUUUAUCUAUGCAUGCAGAGAUAAAAAGGAAUGAUAUAUGAUCCCUUUAAACAUUACUCCAUUAUAGUAAGAUAUGGCAAGUUUCAGUAUCCCUUGUAAACUCGUAGGUGUUCAGUGUCCACUUAGGCCUCUGUUCUUUACCAGUGCACAACUGCUCUGCAGAAUUAAAUAUUAAUCAUGUUUUGGCAUUACAAGUUUCUUCCUUUUUCCCCCUUUUUUUUCUUUUUUUUUUUUCCUUUUACUGUUUUGUUUUAAAAGCAUGUGAUUUAGGAUACCGUAUUUCUAGUUUUUUAUGACGGCUUUGUGUAGGGUAAGUCCUCAUCUUGCACAAAUAUUUAUAAGAUGUUGUGUUUUGUACCAGUAAGGCUGUUUCAUUCAGGUAUUUGAUGAAGUCUUGACUUCUUAUAUGCUUCACAUGCAUGUGGACAUGUUUAGUAAGAUACAGGUAAGUAUCCAGUGACACUCGGUUUGGCUUUUUUUUUUUCUUUUUUUUUUUUCUUUUUUUUAGAGUUAGACCUUUUGUUUUAAGUUAAGGUUUCUCACUUUCACAAGUUAUUUAUAUUGCUAAAGUUGAAUGAAUUGUGGCUCCAUAGGUAGUGAAAAUUAUCACUUCUACCACAUGCAAGGAACUAAUGUGGGUCUGCUGGAAAUUCCAUAUUAUUAGAUAGCUAAAAAAAAGAAGAAGAAAAAUUGAUGAUUGAAAUAUGUAUGAGCUGUACAAAUGAUAUGCUUAAAAGCUUUACCAAAUCUAGAAGGUUAGUUCCCCACCCCCUUCCUCCUUUUUUCAUGUACAUGUUAGUAUUCGUAAUGUUUUAUUACUAUCUUCUUCAUUUACUGUCUCUUAUGGUUUUGUGGUUGUUGGGCUAUAGUACUGAAAGUAAAUUAAUGAAAAAAAAAACUUUCACGGUAAAUGAGGCUGAUAUUUGAAAGUAACAUUACACAGAUCCAAUAGUGGUUGUGAUGUUAGCACAAACUUUACUUUUUUUAUACAAAAUUAGGGUCAGUAGGUCUCAUUUAUAAAGCAAAGAGGCAAAUAAGGUAUAGGGAAAUUGUUAAAAGUGAUUGUACUCUGCCUUAACAGGCUUUAUCUUGUUCACGGUAACAGAAGCCAAAACUCAUGUGAUUGUUUGUUGACACAGUGGAACCAGAGGUAUAACAAUCAUAUUUAAAUAAAUGUGAUGGUUGCUAUCUAGAGGAAAUGCAGAUAAAUCCUUUCCCAAAAGAAGCAGAAAAUUCUGAAUAGUUUUAGGUUUACAUUCUAAAGGAUUUUAGAAUACCAGUAGAUAUUGUUCUUAUUAGGUAGGCAUGUGGUCUACCUAGCGAAGUCAAUUUAUGUCUAGAAAUGUGUCAAGAGGUGCAGGGAAGAAUCUAAUUGCUCUUAUAGAAAUUAUUUGAUUAACAGGAACUGGUAAGUGUAACACUCUCACAAAGCAUCAUACAGGCACUUUUUAUCAUCCCCUUUUUUUUUUUU